AUGUUAGGGAAAGACUCACCAGGCACGUUUGACACGCAUCCGGCGCGCAUUGAGAAGGAAGGGAACGGGCUAGAGACGGCAGUCAACAAAUUUCGCAUGGCCGCCUACUUGUGGCAAUCAUUCACAGCCGAACAAAUGCUGCGACACAAAUUUGGGCGCCGGACAUUCCGUUUUGAGGAAGAAUGGACCUCAGGGACUGCCAAUCACCGCGACCGCGAGAAAGGGAGGCAAAGAUCAGAAGCAAAGAUCAACAUAAUUCGCUCCGACAAAACUGUCGCCGAGCUUCGCGAUCUCAACAUGGCGCAGCAGCAUAAGUCUGCCAACGACAAAGACGGCUUGUUUGAAGUUGCAAUGGAAGCGGUCAGGCAACACUUCAACCCGCGACCCGGACAGCAUCUCUAUGUGACCGUACUGCUCAUGGAUGCGCAUUGGGAUGCUUCACAAAAAAUAUUGGCUGGGCAUGCGGCACUGGGAGGUGGAUCUGGCGAGAUGCACCUCUCCAUCUUUGGAUCGCAUUGCCUGUAUAGUUACCCAUCGAGUCUCGAAGAGGUGGUACCUGCCUUUACAGACUGCACGCCAACGGACACGAACUACCUCGCCAACGACAACAAUGAAGCUGGCAGCUCCUGGGAAGCAGCAAACAUAGGAAUCGGCGCUCACCUGCAUGAAGUGGGCCACCUGUUCGGCUGUCCUCAUCAGGAGAGUGGCAUUAUGCUGAGAGACUACGUCGUUUUCAAUCGCAGCUUUAUAGCUCGCGAGGCCUACUCCACACGAUCGAAGUGCAAGGGCGGACUUUGCCUCGUGUCAGACGAGUGUGAGUGGCAUCGUUUGGACGCGUUGCGCUUCAGGGCACAUGCAGCCUUCAGAACACCCAACGAUCCUCCUCAACAUGCCGACGCAAGUAUACAGGCCUACCCUUCCGAAAACGGCAAUAUCUUGGUGGUUGCACCUUCAGGUGUAGCCUUCAUCGAGAUUUUUGCUGAAGGUGAUGAUGUGUGUCACACUUGGCUCGAGUGGCCAGACACCAACGGUGCGGGUCGGCAGGUCUCAAUCGCUGAGGCUGACCUGCGCGCGAAGAUCCCGCAGGCCAAGAGAAAGGGCAAAAUCAGGUUAUCGAUCAAGUCUCAUGCUGGCGGUUCCGCGGAAGUCGAUGAUGUUAAACAGUUUAUUUCUAAGGAAUCUUGCGUGAAGCUGGAAGGAGGUGGUCAUGCGUUCCGUGGCAUGAGGCUAGGUCAUUCAUCUAUGGAUGGGUCCCAGUCACAUGAAGUCGUAUUCGACAGUGCCAUCAACUCCAAGAGAACCUUAUCCCGGGUUACUGUGUACCACGGCAUGGCUGUGGAUGGCCUCCAGUUCACAUAUGACGAUGGGUCGUCACAAUUGUUCGGCAAGAAAGGAGGCAAACCCGAGGGAGACACUGUUGAGCUUGGUAAGCACAUGGCGGGACACGUGGUGAGCAAGUACUGA